AUGCCCUUAACCCUUGUCUCCUUACUGCUGGGUGUGACCGCUUUUAUGCGCCACAGCGUGAAGCCUGAAGAGCUUUCGCAGGCCGUGGUCUCCGUGUGGCCUCCGGGGUCAAAGGUCUACCUGGGCGAGUGCGUGGUUCUGCGAUGCUGUCUGCGCUCCAACUCCACCUCUGCGUGGACCUACCGCUGGUACAGGGACGGACGGCCGGCCGCCGCCGCCGCCCCACUGCCCGGGCACCUGGUCUCCGGCGAGAACUACUCCAUCCCGGUCGUUACCAGGGAGGCGGCGGGCAGCUACUGGUGCAGAGCGGAGCAGCGGGGGGGCAACGCCAGCGUCACUGCGGAGCCGGUAGUGCUCAGCGUGUCAGCGCUGCCCCCUCCCUCCCUGACUCUGACCCCCAGCAGCAGGCUGUUCUUCCCGGGGGAGCGUUUCGCCCUGCAGUGCCCGGCGUCUCAGACCACGUCCACCGGCUGGAGGCUGAGGCACGCGUCCCCCCGCCGGCCGCGCAGGCCCGCGGCCGGUGACCCGCAGCUCUGCUCGGCACUGGGAGGGUCUGCCCUGAGCAGACCGGACGGCUGCGUCCUGACCGCUGCCGGUGAGACCAGCGGGUUGUACUGGUGCGAGGACGCCGGCGGCCGCAGCAAUGCGGUCAGCAUCUCAGUAAGCUAUGGCAAAAUCCUCUUGAGGACUCCGGCCCUUCCCGUCCACGAGGGUGACGACGUGAUCUUGUACUGUCAGCACAGGACCAACUAUCGCAGCGAGGCAGUCUUUUUCAGAGGGGGAGAAGUAAUCAGCACUCUGGCGACUUCCAGCUCAGACAGAGCGGCGAACAUGACUAUCGCGAAUGUGACCAAGAAAGACGAAGGCUUCUACAAGUGUGCAUUAAAGGACGGAGGGGUGGAGAGCCCCGAAAGCUGGUUGUCAGUGAUAGCUGGUCGAGGCGGCGGAUCAACAACUGAAGCAGGGGCAUCCAAAAGUGGUCACUGGAAAUGGAUUGUUUUGUGCUGCUGUGCUGCUCUUCUCCUUAUUCCUCUAACCCUUUGGCUUGUGAGGCGUAGUUGCUAUCGCACAAUUUCCACUCGGAGCAGCUGGCCGAUCUCCAAAGGGGAGGUUCCAGCGGUGCCCCUCCCUGAGACCAAACAGGAUGUGACUGAGGUGCAGUGGGAUCUGUCCUGGAUGGAGAUGUCCAACCUGCUGGAUAAGCAGCUGUACCCCAGCACUUAG